UAUAAAUUGGAUUGUAUAUAAAUCUGCUUCGUUUAUCUCCCUGACCCCCCUCAAUGACGCUGGACUAAAGAGCUCCUCUCCGCGGCCCGCCAGGACCUGCCGAAGCUAGCGAUGGACCAGGAGCGGCUGCGCCCGGGGAUGCCCCUCUGAAGCGGCGCGGGGCACCGGGGCAGAGCGGCGCCGCCUCCCCAGCCCUGCUCCCCAGCUACCCUCGCACCUCCGACUCUCUGCCCGCUCCCCCUCCCUCCUCCCCGGGCUCCGCAGCCACCCCCUCACCUGCUGCCGUCCCCCACCCCCGUGGAGCCGGGCUCUCCGUGCACGCCGAGCCCGGUGCACCCCCCCCCCCCCCCCCUCAACUUCGCCCUCGGUUCCUGCUUGUGCAGCCUCCCCCUCCGCCUCCCCGGCGGCACACGCCGCUUCCCCGGGCGCCCCCUCCCUCCGCCGCGACUCCCCCUCUGCGCGGAGCGGUUGCGGCCCCCCAGCUUGGCUGCCACCGCCCCCUCCGCGCCGCGGAGCGCACGGAGCGGCGCUGCCUGCAGACGGGCUCCCUGCGGCGCUUCGGGGCGGCCCCCAGCUCGGCCCCCCGCUCCUCCGCCAUGGACGGGGCGGCUCGCCGGGGGGUGCUGGCCGCGCUGCUGGCCUGUGGGCUGCUCCUGCUGGGCGCCGUGGCCACCCCGACCCCGCCGGCCCCCGCCGGCAGCUCCCCGCAGGACACAUGCACCUCCUGCGGCUUCCGGCGGCCCGAGGAGCCGGGCAAGGUGGACGGGGAUUUCCUGGAGGCGGUGAAGAGGCACAUCCUGAGCCGGCUGCAGAUGCGGGACCGGCCCAACAUCACGCACGCCGUGCCCAAGGCGGCCAUGGUCACGGCACUGCGCAAACUGCACGCCGGCAAGGUGCGGGAGGACGGCCGCGUGGAGAUCCCCAGCCUGGACGGGCAGGCGAGCGCCGGUCCCCCAUCCCACGACCCCGUCUCUGAGAUCAUCAGCUUCGCCGAGACAGACGAUCUGGCUUCAUCUAGAGUCCGCCUCUAUUUCUUCAUCUCGAAUGAAGGGAACCAGAACUUGUUUGUCGUUCAAGCCAGCCUGUGGCUUUACUUGAAGCUGCUUCCAUAUGUCUUAGAGAAAGGCAGCAGGCGAAAAGUAAGAGUCAAAGUCUAUUUCCAAGACCCGGACACUAGCAACAAGUGGAAUGUGGUUGAAAAGAAAGUUGAUCUCAAAAGAAGUGGUUGGCACACUUUCCCCAUGACAGAGGCAAUCCAGGCUCUGUUUGAGAGAGGAGAAAGGAGACUGAACUUGGAUGUUCAAUGUGAGGGCUGUGAAGAGUAUUCAGUGCUGCCAAUUUAUGUGGACCCCGGGGAGGAAUCCCACCGGCCUUUUUUAGUGGUGCAAGCCCGCCUCGCUGAUAACAAACACAGGAUCCGGAAAAGAGGCCUGGAGUGCGAUGGCAGGACCAAUCUAUGUUGCAGGCAACAGUUUUACAUUGACUUUAGACUCAUUGGGUGGAAUGACUGGAUCAUAGCACCAUCAGGUUACUAUGGGAAUUACUGUGAAGGGAGCUGCCCGGCCUACUUGGCCGGCGUCCCGGGGUCGGCUUCCUCCUUUCACACCGCCGUCGUGAAUCAGUACCGAAUGCGGGGGCUGAACCCGGGCACCGUGAACUCCUGUUGCAUUCCAACCAAACUUAGCACAAUGUCAAUGCUGUACUUUGAUGAUGAAUACAACAUUGUGAAAAGGGACGUUCCCAAUAUGAUUGUGGAAGAAUGUGGUUGUGCUUGAUUUAAGGUGUGUUUUUUUUUGGGGGGGAGAGAGAGAGAGAGAGAGGGCAAGAGAGAGAAAGAAACAUUCCCGUACAAGAUGGUGUUGGAGGAAGUUUCACUGUGUAUCCAGGCAUCAGUGUUGGAAAGUCACUGUGGAAAAGUUUGACAAAAAAAAAAAAGAAGAAAAAAAAUCAUUUCACUUUGGUGUCAGGACAGUGGCAGUUUGUGGAUCUUGGACACUUAUAUAUUCUACCACUUAUAAGUUAAUGCUAUGAAAUAUCUUAAAGACACACACACAGGAAACAUGGGCACGCACACAAACACGCGCUCAUACACAUGUACACAUACACAAACACAUACACAGACGCACACACACACACACACAAGGCAGCUCGGAAAAGGGACAUGGGAACAGAAAGUCAGUGACCAGUGACGACGGACCUAAAUGCCUGCCAGUAUGAGUGAACGGCUGAGCAGCUGUUUCCCCGCCUGCCGGUGAAGCCAGAUCGAAAUGAGCUCCCUUUGCUCAGGCAAAAGCACAGACUGCGAGAACAUGAUGUAUUCUUGCAGGUGUCGAAAUGACCAAACUUAGAAAAUUGAGAAAAAGAAAAAAAAGUCGACCGUCACCUCUGAGGUCUAAUGAGAAGCUGCAGGACAUUGCGUUGGGAGGUGAUCACUUCCUCUUAAUUUAAAUAUACCUAAAUGUAAGCAUCACAGAUACCCGCAUCUUCCUACAGCACUUCCAGUAAGGAAUCGCAUGGUACCAUCAGAGAGAGAGAGAGAGAGAGAGAGAGAAAAGGGGACAGAUGCGUAAGCAACUGCUGUAUUACUAACAUUUGACCCUUGUGUAGGCACAACCUGGGCUGGCGUGAUCUGAUGCUUUAACUGCCCACCAGCAAUAUGUGGAUGGCUACACCCGCUGUGUCUUGGAAAAGGGUAUCGGAUAUCGUAUCUGGACUUUAUUGACCAUUGGCAUCUCUCACUGUUCAAAGAAUGAAAAGUCAGAGUUGCAAUCUGUGUUCUUCAAUGAGGGACUCAGAAAGGACAUGUCAUGUGGGGGAUGAGCAAACAAGCAACCGCCACUGCGGCUAAACCAAUGAACCCUAAAGAGGAAUGAACCCUAAAGAGGAGUGACAGUAACAGAGUGGAGACGUUCUGAAAAAUGCAGUGCGUAUAGUAACAGGCAAGGAACAUUUUAACAAGUCUUGGAAAGGAGGAAAGAGGAGAGUGCUUUCGAUUUCCUUACCAGGAGGUGUCAAGGAUGGCCAUAAAGAUCAGAAAAUAAUGAUACAGCAUAGCACUUGCAAACUGCUUGAAUGCACGUAUAAUAGCACUUGCAAAUUUCAAUGCCUUGAAAAGUGGUACUUGAUAGUGCACUUAUCUUUGCUCACUAUCUAGGUAAACAGGUGCCGCAUGAGCUAUGCAAUUUAAAGUGUUGACCCAUACUAGACAAAACUGGACUUAUGAUAUGACUUUUUUAUAUUUUUUUAUACUUGAAAUUAAAUCUUUUGCUUCUUUUUUAAAGCGAAUGAUUGCUUUUAAUGUUUGCACUGAUUUAGUUGCAUGAUUAGUCAAAAAACUGCCAUUUGAAAAAAAAUGUUAUUUUUAUAGCAGCAAAAAAUGAAUACAGUUAAAUGUAUUAUACAUAAAUUUUGGAACCAAAGAGGCCAACAUAUUAGUUAUAAUUUUUAUGAGAUGGCAAAGCCAUCAUAUCAUGUAGUCAUACUGAGCAAUCCCUCACGAGGCCUACCAAUUGUUUCAGGGUACAAAAUGGAUUCUGUUUGUUCUAUUCAGUGUCUUUUCUAUACCAUACGCACAUGGAAUGUAGAGUGAAAAAAAAGACUAUUGUAGAAUACAUUACAAUAUGUGCAUCCUUUAAAUCCAAUUUUUAUGUUUAUUUAAUAAAGUUCCUUUUAGGUUCUGUUCCAUAAUAAUUUAAACCAAACAAUUUUCACUUAGAUUUGCUGUUGAAGUAUUUUACAUUUGUGUACAGUUUAAAUAAAUAAAAAAGAUUGAAAACUG